GCUCGCACGCACACACCGCUACGCCACUGCCUUACAAACGGCGUAUCGUCGCAGGACGCGCACACGUGCGCACCGCGCAGCCCACUAAAUACGAACGCGCCCGUUUGGUGGCAUACGCGUGACGCCUCCCCCCUGCACUGUUGCCUGCCUCUGCGGGCGAAUACCGAGCGGGUGACUCCGCGUUCAUGGCUCGUUUUGUAAUACUACUCACUUCACUCUGCUCUACUCAAACUAGUUGUCGUCGUGACAUCGCGCGCUGUGCGCGUCUAGUGACUUCGUAUGAAUACGAGUAGCGUUCUUUGUUCUUUUAUAUAAUAAAUAAGUGCAAUGCAAAGGUUGUGAUUGAAAACUAAGUUUUAGAUCAAGUGAAUGGGCGAGGUCAGUGGUUUGUGCACAAUAUAUCUAAGUGUGCUGCGGUGCGGUCGUGGCGUAGUCCCGCGCAGACUCCGAACGCGGUGGAAAUAACAAACUCGUUUACCUAUUAAGAGUGCAACUCCAUUCUGGAUAUUUUCCUUUUAUGAAAACACAAACACUCAUUUGACGUGCGUCUUCCAUUUUAUUGUUUUGUUGUGUCAAUUUAAAGAUGACAAGAGGUUGAAAAGGCGCGGGACGCCGGCCUUUUGGCAUAAAUUGCUAAUAGUGAGAAGUGGUGUUUAUGAGUCAUAGCACGCUGCACGUUGCGAUGCGAGGGAAAUGAUGAAUGUGAACGAGCCUAGCAAGUGGCAGCGCGGAGGUUUCCUCUUCACGCUAAACAGGAGCUUUCGGUUGGCUAGCGGCAAGUCUAGGAGUGUUCACAGUUCCCUCACAGAUAAUAAAAACAUACAAGCAAUGGAUUUUGCGGGCCUUAACUCGUCGAAUGAUGCAUCAUCGGCACUUAAACCGUUAGAAAUAGUCGCACCCCGUAUUGAUACUUACCGGUUCUCGAUGGCUAAUCUGGAAGAGAUUCAGGAUGCGGAUUUGGACGCAAUUCUGGGAGAACUUUGCGCCCUGGACUCCGAAUACGAUGAAGAAAUAUCUAGAGUGUCAACAAGCUUUACAUCAAACAUUAAGGAAAAAGAGGGUCCAGGCGAAGGACGACCGUCAAGACAAGAAAAAGAAUGCAGUGACGGCGUUUCAUCCAUCACACGGACUGACUCUCCCGACAAUGACUCCGCAUUUAGCGACACGGUAUCCAUGCUUUCAAGUGAAUCGUCCGCAUCGAGCAGUACAAGUUCAAAAUGCAAAGCUUUAAAACUAAGUUUACAUCAAAAUCAAAAGGAUGCGAGUUUCCAACAGAAGGCGGACAAAAUAAAAUUAGCCUUAGAACGAAUGCGCGAGGCGAAUGUCAAAAAAUUAUUUAUUAAAGCCUUUUCUAUGGAUGGGUCUUCCAAAAGCUUGUUGGUAGACGAAAAAAUGACGUGUGGAUACGUUACGAGGCUUCUAGCCGACAAAAACCACGUCACCAUGGAACCAAAAUGGGCUAUUGUUGAACAUUUGCCUGAUCUACACAUGGAGCGGGUAUACGAAGAUCACGAAAUGCUUGUUGAUAAUUUAAUGUUAUGGACGCGAGAGUCAAAAAACAAAAUCUUAUUUGCCGAGAGACCGGAUAAAAUCUCUCUCUUCCAAACACCGGAAAAAUUCCUACUGACCGAAGAUGACAGAGGGUGGUCCAGUGAACAAGACGAACAUUCAAGACAAGUGAUCAUUGAGGAAUUUUUCGGUCAAAGCAACGACUCCACGAACGCAGCGCCAUCUGUGUCGGGGCACCAGGUUCCCCCCAUGGAAGGACCACUAUAUCUAAAGAAUGAUGCCAAAAAAGGAUGGAAGAAAAUUUAUUGUGUUCUGCGUCCGUCUGGACUAUACUACUCACCCAAAGACAAGGUGAAAACAUUGAAGGAACUCGUCUGCCUGGCGACGUUCGACACGAAUGAAGUGUACAUAGGUUUGAAUUGGAAGAAAAAGUACAAAUCACCAACUGACUAUUGCUUUGCGAUAAAGCAUCCGAGGCUGCAGCAACCAAAGAGUGUAAAAUUCAUUAAGUUCCUUUGCGCUGAUGAUCAGCGCACGCUUGAGAGAUGGGUCACCGCAAUGCGAAUAGCAAAGCAUGGACGGCAACUAUUAGAAAAUUACCGAAGUCUCGUAGAAGAAUUAACUCAAGAAGAUUUAGACCAUCUUGCUCACGCUCGAUCUUGCUCAAUAACGUCAAUUCCGGCGAAAACGAACGGUGGUGCCGUGGUCGGCAUCAACAGUCCGGCACAAUCUACGUCCAGUAACGUCAGUGUGGCUAACUCAGAUAUCAGCAGUGGCAGACAUUCACGGGCAUCGUCAUCCAGCUCCAGUGGUUGCCUGUCGGACGGCGGUACCGCCUCGGAAAGCGCAUUCGACUGUGAAUUUCCUAUGGGAACAAUAAAACGCAAGCCAUCAAUGAAGCCAAACAUACCUCUAACCUGGAUGACGCGCCAACUCAAGGAAAUGGUGGAGAAAGGAGACGAGUGUGGCGUGGAAGACGAGGGAGGAGGCGACUCGGGCACCCUCACACGGAGGACCAGGCCCACGCGUACAGACGAUUCUACGCUCAAGCGACACCACGCACUAGACACAUCGGAGAGCGCAGUGUACAGUACCACAACGAACACCCACCUAGGCACCGUCAGCCCAGUCUGUCACGAGGCUGCGUCACCCACAUACGGCCAUUACGAAACCAUCUGCCAAGACAGAUCCUACAGGAACAGUGUCGAUAACAGCUCAUCUAUUUACGGAUACUCAACGAUAUACGACAAAGUGCAGAGACCUCAAACAAUAAAUGAUACAGAGGAUCUUUCGCUUCCUCCUCCCCCGGCCGAAGACAUACCUGAUGCAAUGUUCAGUUCUACCCUGAGCUUAGAUUCACUGCCACCACCGCCACCACCACCGCUUGACACAAUCGAGGACCUCUCUGGCUCGCAGCUUAGUCUUCCUCCUCCUCCACCAGAGCACACCAUCGAUGUUCACGCUGGGCGAGUUCAAGACAUAGUCAGUCAGUUGACAGCGCAACAAAUAGAGCAGGCGUCUCGUGCCGGCCAGUCAAGACUAUCAACGCGGAGUAUGGAGUCGAGCCGUUCAUUCCCACGACAACCCUCAUUAGACAGUGUCAACUCAGAAGCAUCGAGAACAUCAUCGCUUCAGUCAGAUAAAAGUAUAUACGGACAACAAAAUGCUGCCUACGGUGCUUGUCUAGUGGAACUGCAAGCAAAGAAGUUAAGUAACGGUAGUCCUUCCAUUCAAAAAAAGAUUACUGCCGAACCCGCUAAAGAACGUACCGGCUCUAUAAAAAAAGUAAAUUUUGCAGAUGAUUUGCCAACCUCCUCGGAUAAGAAAAACAAAAAGAUCUCAUUCAAUUUAAAAGAGCCAACGCCAAUUUCACCACGUAAGCCUUUGCCGCCAAAACGCAACGAAAGCACUCGUCUGUCAUCACCAAAAAAGUUGGCCGAUUCUAACAGUAAUCCACCCAAAGAAUUUCUUAAAGACUUGCAAAGGGUUAUGCGUAAAAAAUGGCAAGUAGCCCAAAAGUGUAAAUUGGAACCGGCAACGACGCCCCAUGAAGUUCUCGGAUUAGAGUACCCCUUGUCGGACGACUACAAAGAAACCAGCGUGUCGAUGUGGGUGCAGGAGCAUUAUGGCACAGGCGUAGAAGAUCCGUUUUACGAGAACGUGUACGGAGGUGAACAGCCACCUCGCCGUGAGGAGCCGAAGCCUAUCAAAAAGAGGCCGCCGCCAGCCCCGCCGCGACGCAGCGAGUCCACGCACCUCUCUACACAUACGCACGCGUCUGCUGUGCAGCCGACGGUUUGA